AGCAAAAUGAGGGACGUGGAGGGAAACGUGCCCCUGGAGGACCCCGGCGAUGCAGAGAGCGGGCCCUGUAAGCCCGAAACCUCAGGACCGACCCGGGAAGACACGAGAAGCCCCAAGGUCCACCCUUCCCGUCUGAUAGAUACAGUUAAUGAUGUUUCCAAGCUGAGCAAGGAGGUUGGGAUGAAUCAUGAUUUCCACAUGGAGGAGAAGGUUUUGCCUCCAAGUAGUCUGGAAGGUAGGGUCAAGGAGACAAUGCACAAUGCCUUUUGGGAUCAUCUGGAAGAGCAAUUAUUAGCUACUCCUCCAGACUUCAGCUGUGCUCUUGAACUCCUAAAAGAAAUUAAAGAGAUCUUGCUGUCACUGCUAUUACCACACCAGAACUGCCUAAGAAGUGAGAUUGAAGAAGGCCUGGACAUGAACCUCCUUAAGCAGGAAGCAGAACACAGGGCCCUGAAUGUCCCUCAUCUCUCUAAGUACAUUCUCAACAUGAUACUGUUGUGUGCACCAGUUCGAGAUGAAGCAGUGCAGAAACUAGAGAGCAUCACAGACCCUGUUCGGUUACUGAGAGGAAUCUUCCAGGUUCUGGGCCUGAUGAAAAUGGACAUGGUGAACUACACUAUCCAGAGCCUUCAGUCCCAACUGCGGGAACAUUCCAUCCAGUAUGAACGAGCUAAAUUUCAGGAACUCCUCAACAAGCAGCCUCGCCUCCUCGAUCACACUACCAAGUGGCUGACCCGAGCGGCGGCAGACCUCUCCACGCCGCCGCCUAGCUGCCCUGACACUCCCGACGACUCCAGUGUGGUCUGCCCCUCUCCAAGUGAGGCAGCCAACAGCCCGGAGCCCCUCAACUGCAAAAUGGUGCUGUCCCAGGGCUUCCUGAACCUCCUUCUCUGGGACCCUGAAGAUGAAGAGUUCCCUGAGACCCUGCUGAUGGACAGAGCCCAGCUGCAGGAGCUGGAGGCCCAGCUGCGCCAGUUAACCAUCCUGGCCUCGGUCUUGCUAGUGGCCAGCAGUUUCUCUGGCAGUGUUCUGUUUGGCUCGCCUCAGUUUGUGGAUAAGCUGAAACGUAUAACCAAAGCCCUGAUGAAGGAGUUGAAGUCCAGGCCUGAGGAGGAGGCUAUGCUGACUGUGAGUGAACAGGUGUCUCAGGUAAUCCAUCAGAGCCUCCAGAACAUGGGCCUUGCUGCUCUGAGCAGCGACAACACAGCAUCGCUGAUAGGAGAGCUGCAGAACAUCACCAGGAAGGAGAACUGUGUCCACAGUGUCACUGAUCAGCGGAUCCACUUGUUCCUCAAAUGCUGUUUGGUUAUUGGUGUGCAGGAGUCUCUGCUAGACCUCUCUGGAGGCCUUACCCUCAUUGGGGCAGAGCGGGCAGAACUGGGCCAAAAGUUCGUCAACUUAACACACCACAAUCAGCAGGUGUUUGGCCCCUACUACACGGACAUCUUAAAAACCCUCAUCCCCCCAGCCCAGGCACUGGAGACAGAAGAGGGGUCUCUCUGA